CGGUGUGCUCCUCAGACAGACGGAGCGGACACCGGACACCAACACUGGGCUGCUGUCUCUGCUUCAAAAAGGAAUAUUUACCAUUUCGGUACGUUUUUCUGAUGGGAAUGUGGACCUCAACUACUAUAAUGAAUUAGCAUCGAAAGAAGAACGCUAUCCGCUGGAUAAAUUAGAGGACAUUUUUAAGUUAAAAGGUUGGUGGUUGUGAAACUACAUUUCCCAUGGAGCUGUGCACCAACACAAACAUUCAACCAUGGAUCCACCAGUCAGGGUUUUGGGCCCAAGGAGUUUGUGAGACAGAAGUGGACCUGAUAUUGUGAUAUUACGCAGCAUUCGACCCUCGAGCCCAUCUUCUUCCUCCUCCACCUGGACUGACCAUCCUUCACUGGAAGACCUCCUUAGGCUCAGACUCUUCCCUUGUUCCACCCUCUUGCUGUGGAUUAUAGUUGAUCCCUCAGGACUGGAGCAGUUCCUCCCAGUCCAGAAUCUGUUGAGUGCAUCGCCGUCAGCCCGGUGUUGGCCCAGUCCUGCUGCAGGAUGGCAGGGCUGCCGCUGUGUUUGGCUGUGAUGGCUGCCUCUCUGCUGCUGACCCUAAGAGCUGAAGCUGCAGGUCAGAACCCAGACCAUGUCCUACAGGGGACAGGGGUGAAACCUGAACCUCGGCGGCCCGGCGACGACUCCACCAUUGCCCCUGAAGAUGCUGCCCGCUUCCUCAGCUGUUACUGCUCCGGGCAUUGUCCUGACGACGCCACCAACAGCACCUGCAUGACUAAUGGGGCAUGUUUUGCCAUCAUUGAGGAGGAUGAGCACGGAGACGCCAUCCUCACCUCCGGCUGUAUGAAGUAUGAAGGCUCCCAUUUCCAGUGCAAGGACUCCCGCUACGCUAAGCCCAGGAGGACCAUUGAGUGCUGCUACACUGACUACUGUAAUAGAGACCUGCAGCCCACCUUACCCCCACUUCCUCCCUCAGAGGGGAGCCCCCACUGGCUGGCUUUCCUCAUCUCUAUGACUGUGUGCUGCUGUACUCUGUGCAUCUGCGUCACCGUGGUCUGUUACUACAGGUAUAAGUGGCAGAGUGAGCGACAGCGGUAUCACAAGGAUCUGGAGCAGGAAGUGUUCAUCCCUGCAGGAGAGUCACUGAAAGACCUCAUCUACCAAUCACAGAGCUCAGGCAGUGGUUCUGGGCUCCCCCUGCUGGUGCAGCGAACCAUCGCAAAACAGAUCCAAAUGGUGCGUCAGAUCGGGAAGGGCAGGUAUGGUGAGGUGUGGCUUGGCCGCUGGAGGGGUGAGAAGGUUGCUGUCAAAGUGUUCUUUACCCGAGAAGAGUCCAGCUGGUUCAGAGAGACGGAGAUCUACCAGACGGUCCUCAUGAGACACGAGAACAUCCUAGGCUUCAUCGCAGCUGACAUUAAGAGUACGGGUGCAUUCAUGCAGCUCUUCCUCAUCACUGAUUACCACGAGAACGGCUCUCUGUACGACUACCUGAAGCUGACCACUCUGGACACUCAGGCCCUGCUGCGACUGGCCUACUCUGCAGCCUGCGGACUCUGUCACCUGCACACAGAGAUCUACGGCACGCAGGGCAAACCCGCCAUCGCACACCGAGACCUCAAGAGCAAGAACAUCUUGAUCAAGAAGAACGGCACCUGCUGUAUCGCAGACCUCGGCCUCGCCGUCAAGUUCAACAGUGACACCAAUGAGGUGGACAUCCCUCUGAGCACACGGGUGGGGACGCGGCGCUACAUGGCCCCCGAGGUCCUGGACGAGAGCCUCAACAAGAACCACUUCCAGGCGUACAUCAUGGCCGACAUGUACAGCUACGGCCUCAUCAUUUGGGAGAUGGCCCGGCGCUGCGUCACCGGAGGUAUCGUGGAGGACUACCAGCUGCCCUAUUAUGAGAUGGUGCCCUCUGACCCCUCCUAUGAGGACAUGCUGGAGGUGGUUUGUGUCAAAGGACUGCGUCCCACAGUGUCCAACCGCUGGAACAGUGACGAGUGCCUCCGGGCCAUGCUGAAGCUGAUGUCUGAGUGUUGGGCCCAUAACCCCGCCUCCCGCCUCACCAUCCUCAGAGUUAAGAAGACGCUCGGCAAGAUGGUGGAGUCGCAGGACAUCAAGAUCUGACCCCUGCCUCCUCGUCCUCCUCCCCCUGUUUGUCCCGCCUCCACCACCGGUUUCACCUGAACCACCUGACACCCCCCCCCCCACCACCACCACACCUGAGCAGGUCCCUCACAGGGGGAGGAUGGGGGAGACUAUGGAAUAAAAAAGGACCCAUCACAGGGCUGAACUGUUGCUGCCUCCUCCCCCGCCCCCUGUGAGGAGGCGGGGCUUCUGGGUUUGACGCUUUCUGUGAAAGCCAAACAAGACGAUAAACACACAUUUCAUUGUCUGCUUCCUGUGUCGGGCUGAGGAGGGUGUGGACGCUCAAUGAACUGACUCCAGUUUUUUUGAUUUGUUUUUUAAGGACCCAGCCUUCCUUCACCUCUGCCUGCUUUAAAACCUGAAAAAUGCCAAUUAGGUUUUUUUUUGUUUGUUUGUUUUUGAUCUUCUCUUCAGGACUGUGCUCUCCUGCCAUAUUGAAAUAUAUCUCCACUCGUAGAGUUAAAUAUAAAAGCUAAGGUACUAUUAUAAUACGUGAAUUUUAAUGUGUAAAUAAAUGUUAUCAUUAGAUGCCGUGCCUACUCAUAAGGAGGAAAAAAAAAAACUCAGAACACUAUGCUGCAGUGGUGUUGACGUCCACCCAACUCCAGAGGUGGAGUCGCCAUGGAGACGUCCCCCGUCCUGUCCGUCUGUCCACACCGUGUGUGUGUGUGUGUGUGUGUGUGUGUGUGUGUUGGGGACAGCUGUUUGUUAGGAGAGUGUACAUCAGCCCCAGUUUAAUAGUUCUUUAAAUGCAAACUUUUGUUCCGGUUCAACCAGCUGAUUUUAAAACAUCAACAGGACUUCUCACAUUCAUGCAGAAGUUUAACAGAAGAAAGAUGUAAAAAUGUUCAUGAAAUUAUCUUCACUGUUACAUUAAAACUCCUGAGCUAGUGUAACCGUAGAACUGCUAACAGGAUAACUUAAAGUAAACUAGCAUAACUAAAACUAGCAUCAGUUUGGAAUUCUGGAAUUUCCCCUCGUGGGAUGAAUAAAGGCAUAUCUUAUCUUACAUCUUACUUUGGUCCAUCAGCUUCAGUUAAAGAACUCCUAUUGCCAAGUACUCAGUGUUAUUAUGUUGUCCCAUUGCAACAGUUACUGUUCCAUUAAGGACUGAAAGCAGUUCCUGAAAGUCCCAGAGUUCCUUGUGUUUCCUCUAAUCUGUCUUACUCAAGCACCAGUUUCUUCUCUGCUUCUCUACCCUCAUUAAACUCUGCAUAGUGACGGUGUCCUUUGCUCCUCACACUGAAGUUUAAUCCAUCGGACAAAACUUGAUCAAGUUAUGAAUAUAUAUUGAUAAAAGCCUGGUGUUUGGCUGAGGUUAGUAUGCCGCUUCACAUCUUCCAGCAGCGGUCAGUCUGUGUGUACAGAAGUGAGACAGAAACCUGGACAGAAAAGGAGCUGCAGUUAGCCACGGGCCACUGUGGAUGGGAGCUGUAGUUUUUUACCCCUCGGCCCAGGGGUGUUGGAAUCAUUUUGUCGUCCGUCUUACUGUCCAUUCAAAGACAUAAUUGCAUUAUCUGAAAAAUCCAUUGAGAGAAGAAUAUUGAAAAUAAGUAGGUGACCUUGACCUACUUGUGUCAAAGGUCAAAGGGCCUUAUACAGUUGUUAUAUCCGAGUACUUUCAAAUACAGAUUUUACACAAAGACAAUCAAAUCUAAAUUAUAGGGCAGUAACUUUCAACAGAAUCUCACUCUAUAUUUGGCCGAGGAGGAUUAAAAGUGCACAGCACGUUAUGUUCUUCUGAUGGAGCUAUGCUAGGCUUAGCUCUGUAAACUGAGAAACACACCAUUAGCUUCACAAUGCUAACUACUGCUAACCCUUCCAGUCUGUAUGAAGUGUCCCUGUGUGUGUGUGUGUGUGUGUGUGUGUGUGUGUGUGUGUGUGAGUGAGAAGCUAACAGCUGUAUUAUUGUAUGUGUUAAAUAUGCAAGGAACCCCCAGGAUGGAAGAACUUCUUGUUUUUGCUUGUUUUGGUGGUGUUGUUUUGUACAGCAUCUGGUUUGGUGCCUUAUGAGUUUACCAAGGAAAUGAAAAACUCUGUAUACAGUCUGUCCAUUGUAAUGUUUUUAAGUAAAUAACCUUAUUUUAGUACACAAA